AUGGAAGGGGGGUUCAGCAAGGCUUUCCUGAUGAAAAGGGCAAAUGGAACGGAUGUGAUAGCCAAAAUACCGUGCCGCAUUGCUGGCCCGCCGUCAUUAACAACGGCUGGUGAAGUGGCAGUUUUAGAAUAUGUCAAGAGACACACUUCCAUUCCUGUGCCUCGCGUCCUUUCUUGGUCAUCCGAUGGUUCAAACAACGUGGGUGCCGAAUAUAUCAUCAUGGACAAAGCUCCUGGGGUUCCUUUGUUUCAAGUUUGGGGCACCAUGACGGAAUUUGAAAGAUUGCAGCUAAUCAAGAAUCUGACCAAGCUUGAGGCUCAGUUGGCAACCAUUAAAUUCCCCGUUGGAACUUCUGAGCAACAAAGGCAGCCCCUGGAAGUCACCACGGCCGCCAUGAAGCUCUUAGACUCAAACGAAUUAUUGAAGAAAGCUUGCCAGCCUACUUUGUGGCACACCGAUCUUCAUAUGGAAAAUAUUUUCGUCAACCCAGACGAGUGUUCAACAAUAGUUUCGCUCAUUGAUUUCCAGUCAACGUCUGUGCUUCCCGCAUUUCUCCAGGCCCAAUGGCCGAUAUUUCUACGGCCUCCGCAGAAUUACGAUUACGAGAGGGGAAUAUUUCAACCGCAGCUGCCGGAAGAUUUUGACAGGCUUGACGAAGAGAAUGGAACUAUUGCUCUGCGUGAAUGGUCCCAGGUGAAAUUGGCCAAGGCUUAUGAGGUGUCAACAUACCUUGAAGACAGGGCAGCACAUGAUGCCAUGAGCGUACCUCAGAUAUGUCAAAAUUGGGCAAGUCUUGGUUUCUCUGGGGAGUGCUCUUAUUCGUUCAGCCAAGCAGAACUUGACGAGCAUGAACGACAGUUCGCUGAAUACCAGGCUUGGGAUGAGGUUCGAAUGCUUGCUGAAGAGUGCUUUGAUACUGAUUCAGAAGGGUGGAUUGCGCCACAAUUGGAUAUUAACGAGAAGAGAAGGCAGAACAAGGAGCUUAUGGCCCUGUAUAUUGAAAAGGUGGCCGGAGAGAGAUCUGAGAAGGAGGCAAAGGGAAUGUGGCCUUUCUCUACUGAGACUUGA